GUACUCUCUGGUAGAACAUGGUAUGGUCGAGUAUUCGGCGGGAAACAGGAGACAAAAGACAGGCUCCGAGACCUUUCUUCAGAGAUCCCUUUCGCCAAUUUCGCUCGAGGAAAGAUCGAUAGAGAUCUUACGGAUCUUACAUCCACGCAACAGUAAAUCGCAAUCAUGAACGAGUACAAUUUAACAACGGGAGCGUUGCAGAAAAUUAUGAAGGGCAUAGACAUCGAUAAACCCAUACUUCAGAUGCUGGGAUAUAAAAAAUUGCCAAAAAAUAAAGAUGGUGCAACGGAUCGAUAUAGACUGUUGGUAUCAGAUGGAGAAAAAUUAAACUCGUUCACUAUGUUGGCUACUCAAUUGAACAAUCUGAUCGAGGAUGAUAUUUUGAAUGAAUUCUCAAUCUGCAAAAUAACCAAUUAUCACCUGAGUUCGGUGAACAACAGCGGCAAAGAAAAACGUGUGAUGCUGAUAUUAGAUAUAGAAGUUGUUGUUUCCGGAGAGAAAGUUGGGGGCAGGAUAGGCAAUCCAACUAAUAUAGAGCUCAAAUCAGAGCCAGAUACACCAUCUACGUCUACAACCACAACUGUGCGUCAUCAAAAUGGUUCAACCAGAACAGGUAAUUCAAAUCAAGCUUCUUCUGAUAUACACACCACGCCAAUUGCAGCACUGAGUCCUUAUCAAAAUAGGUGGGUGAUUAAGGCACGAGUAAUCAACAAAUCUCCAAUUAAAACAUGGAGUAAUUCUCGUGGAGAAGGCAAACUCUUCUCUAUGGAUUUGAUCGAUGAAAGCGGCGAAAUCAGAUGCACAGCAUUUAGAGAUGUGGUUGACAAAUUUUAUGACUUGAUAGUGACUGGAAAUAUAUACUACAUCUCGCGAUGUGUAUUAAAAGCAGCCAAUAAACAAUUUAAUACUAUGAAAAAUGAUUACGAGAUGACAAUGAACUCUGAUACAGAGAUCGUGCCUUGUCAUGACAGCAGCAAUGACAUUCCAACACUACAAUUUAAUUUCUCUCCUAUAAGUCAAGUCGAAAGCAAAGAAAAAAAUGAUUUACUAGAUGUCUUGGGCGUCGUCACAACUGUUGGUGAUGUACAACAUAUUACGGCGCGCACUACAGGCCGAGAACUUAUAAAGAGGGACAUCAGUAUAGUUGAUGACAGUGGUACGAUGGUAACUGUUACACUCUGGGGAACACAGGCCGAGGAGUUUGGUGCUUCCAAUAAUACCAUUAUUGCUAUUAAGGGAGCGCGCGUAGGCGAAUUUAAUGGUGGGAAAAACUUGUCAUUAGUAAUGUCCUCUAUAAUUGAAAAGGAUCCUGAUAUUCCUGAAGCACAUAGAUUGCGCGGAUGGUACACUGCAGUUGGCCAUUCAGAGACUGCUAAAUCAUUAUCUAGAGUAGGUGGAAGUACUGACUUCAAUGGACCAUUGUACACUUUCCAGGAAGCAACCGAUGCUCGAUUGGGAGAGAAAAUGAAUCUCCCAGAUUCAUUUACAGCAGUGGCGACCAUUAAGCAAAUUAGAACUGAAAAUUCUCUCUACAGGGCGUGUCCUGUAGAAAGUUGCAAGAAGAAGUUGAUCGAUCAAGAUAAUGGUAUCUUCAGAUGCGAAAAGUGUAACAAGGAGUAUCCAAAUUUUACAUAUCGCUUACUGGCAAGUAUGGAAUUGGCGGAUGCAACGGGUAGUCGCUGGAUAACUGCAUUUAAUGAGGAAGCAGAAAAGAUACUUGGGAUGUCUGCUCAAGAGUUGGGUGAAUUGAAAGAGAAUGAUAAAGAUGCCUAUUUGCAGAAAUUCGGUGAGGCAACUUUCAAAACAUUCAUGUUCAACCUGAAGGCAAGAUCAGAAGUUUUCCAGGAUGAAAUGAGGAUAAAACAUGUCUGUACGUCAGCCGGGCCGAUCAAUUAUAAGACUUAUCUUCCACAUCUGAUAGAUAAAGUCUCUAAACUAUUAAACAUUGAGAAAUUGGAUUCUAAUUAAAUAAGAUUUGAUUUAGUUAGAUUCCAGUAAAGAUUUUUUCAAAUUAUUUUCAUAUAAUCUAUUAAAAAAAAAACAUUUAUGUAUAAAAUUUAAAAUUUUUGCGUGUUUAAUUUAAGUAUUGUCAUGUGCGUUUUUUUAAGUUUUGUUUACUUGGAUCGCUUCUAUUAUUCGAUAAAAUAUUUAGUUAUUUUUUUAAUGUAAGAAAAGAAAACAGCAUCACGUGAGAUUAAGCUCAGUCGGGCCAAUCAAUUAUAAGACUUACCUUCCACAUCUGAUAAAGUCUCUAAACUAAUAAACAUCGAGGAACUGGAUUCUGAUUAAAUAAGAUUUGAUCUAGUUAAAUUCCAGUAAAGAUUUCAUCAAAUUAUUUUUAUAUAAUCUAUUAAAAAAAAAACAUGUUUAAAAUUUAUUAUUUUUGCGUGUUUAAUCUAAGUAUUAUGAUGUGCGGUUUUUUUAAAUUUUGUUUACUUGGAUCACUUCUAUUAUUCAAUAAAAUAUUCAGUUAUUUUUUAAUGUAAGAAAAGAAAACAGCAUCACGUGAGAUUAAGCUUAAAUUCGAAUAUUUUAUAUUAAUAAGCAUUCUCGUUAUUUUCGAGAAUAUAAUUUUUUUGUAUUGCUAUAUAAUAUUGCAAUUAUUGUAGCACAGUC